AUGGCGAAUGGAUACAACCGCGAUGUAGAAGCAUUCCGAAACGAGGAGUAUCCUAUGCUCAAGGAUGCCAUCUACCUCGACCAUGCCGGCACAACGCUCUAUUCGAAGUCACUCAUGGAGAAAUUCAUGUCUGACAUGAUGUCCAAUCUGUACGGCAAUCCUCACUCGGCCUCGCCUUCGUCCCAACUAUCGACAAACAGAAUUGAAGACAUACGUCUGAAAUUGCUACGGUUCUUCAACGCCGACCCUGCGCUUUUUGAUAUUGUAUUUACGGCAAAUGCGACGGCUGCAAUAAAGAUUGUCAUGGAUGCCUUCCGGGAUUGCGAGGGAGGUUUCAACUACGCUUAUCAUCAAGAUGCACAUACGAGUCUUGUUGGCGUUCGAGAGAAUGCUAGAACGAGUCGAUGUCUUGACGACGAUGAUGUAGAGCAGUGGCUCUCGGCUGGCGAUUCUUUCGCGGAAGACAGCUUACCGUCAACAAAAAACCUCUUCGCCUAUCCUGCUCAAUCGAACAUGGAUGGAAGACGGUUGCCACUUUCAUGGACUGCAAGAGCCCGGAAUAGCCCUAUUAUUUCGCCGACCUAUACACUACUGGACGCGUCUGCUUUUGUGUCGACAGCUCAGUUGGAUUUGAGUAAUGUCGAUACAUCUCCAGACUUCACAGUGCUGAGCUUUUACAAGAUAUUUGGCUUUCCGGAUCUCGGCGCUCUGAUUAUCCGAAAGGAAUCUGGGGCUAUCUUGAAGGGACGCAAGUAUUUUGGUGGCGGAACAGUUGACGUGGUACUGUGCAAUAAGGAGCAAUGGCAUGCCUCAAAAGAAGACUCCCUCCACGAAGCAUUGGAAGAUGGCUCACUUUCCUUUCACAAUAUCUUGGCUUUAGAUGCCGCUAUUGAUGUUCACAAGAAAUUGUAUGGGUCAAUGGAGCAAAUUGCAAACCAUACAGCAUUCCUAGCGCAAAGAUUAUAUGACGGCCUGGUGUCACUCCGGCAUGCCAAUUCGGACCCCGUUUGCGUAAUGUAUUCCCAUGGAUUUGCUUCAAAGACAACUGCUGGGAGUCAAGGUCCUAUCAUCGCUUUCAACUUGCGAAACAGUAAAGGAGCCUGGGUCAGUAACACUGAAUUUGAGAAAUUGGCAGCUGUCCGCAAAUUUCACAUCAGGAGUGGCGGGUUAUGCAACCCAGGAGGUGUUGCUGCAUGUCUGGCACUUGAAGCGUGGGAGAUGCGAAAGAAUUUUUCAACGGGCUUCAGAUGUGGUGUCGAAACAGACAUAUACUCUGGAAAGAUCACCGGCGUUAUUCGAGCAAGUAUCGGCGCUAUGUCCACGAUGAGUGAUAUUGACGGAUUCAUUGCUUUUAUCAGCGACUUCUAUGUAGAAAGCGUAAUUCCGCCUGUUGUUGCCGUGAAUCCAGGUAUCGAAUACUCUGGCCAGCUUACCGUGGAAAGCUUGACAGUCUACCCGAUUAAGAGCUGUGGUGGUCUUGACGUCCCACUCAACACGGACUGGGAAGUGAGACCAGAGGGACUUGCUUGGGACAGGGAAUGGUGUCUGGUCCAUCAAGGUACCAGGCAAGCAUUGAGCCAAAAGCGGCACCCACGUAUGGCGUUAUUUCGGCCAAAGAUUGAUUUUGCAGAAGGUGUAUUACGCGUGGGUUAUCUUGGAUCUGCCGAAAAUAUUUCGGUGCCUCUUUCAUCAAAUCCGGCCCUUUUCGGAUCAGUGACUGCUACACAGCCAUCCCGUGUUUGCGGAGACGCUAUUGUUGCGCACACAUAUGCACGGCCAGAUAUCAAUGAGUUUUUCUCCAGGAUACUCGGCGUUCCGUGUGCUCUCGCUCGCUUUCCAGCUGGUGGGUCAGGAUUCUGCACGAGGCAUGCAAAGGCACAUAUGCAAAAACACCAGGAUCCCAAGUUGACCGCACCAAAAGCGAGCCACGAUCCAGAAACAUUGGCUCCUCCAACUCCCCCCGAUUCGGACACUGAAAUGAAGAAGAGGCCAAUCUUGCUGUCGAAUGAAAGCCCAAUUCUGGCCAUCAAUAUUGCCAGUCUCAAUGCUUUGAACAAGGAAAUUUCAAGAGCAGGCGGCAGGCCUGCCUCCGCGUCAGUAUUUCGAGCCAACAUUGUUUUGGCGUCUCCACAUUCCCAGACCCAGGAACCCUAUGGUGAAGACCACUGGACAUCAAUACGUAUAGGAGAGCAAACAUAUAAAAUGUUGGGAUCUUGUCGAAGGUGCCAUAUGAUCUGCAUUGAUCAGGAUACAGCAGAGAAGAACGACCAGCCGUUCGUAACCUUGGCAAAGACACGCAGAUUUGAUUCGAAAAUAUUCUUUGGUACUCAUAUGUGCCAUGUGCCGUCCAAGGGCAUCACGAAGACGAGCCAGUUCCCAACAAUACGAGUUGGAGAUAUUGUAAAAAUAGCCACCGAUGACACUUCUUGA